ACAUUGCUUAAUCCUCUUGUAUGUAAUUUUAUUAUUGUUAUAGCUUUAAAAAGAUUAUUAUAUUAUUUCGUUCGUUGAUAGACAAUUUCAGUCAGUAAAAAGUAUUACGUGAAAUUAAUAAAUCAGUAAUGCAAAUUAUGUUAUAUGAUUUGGUAAAAUCGUUUGUUAAAACAUUUAUCAUUAUAUUUAUUUUUAUAGAGUGUUUAUCAAUUUUUCAGUCCGAAAGUCGUUUAAAUAAUAUUAUAUUAACUCCUUAUAAACAAUCAUCUCCCAGACAAAAGGAAAAUUUGCAUCGUACCAUGGAAACAUACGCUAUUAAAAAUAACGAAGUUGAUACAGAUAGACAAAGUGAAAAAAAAAGUAGGAUCAAUCGUCAAGGACCAAAAAUAUGGGAUCAAUGGGGAAACUGGUCAAGCUGUAGUGUUACUUGUGGUAUAGGAAAAUUAACAAGAUGGAGACAUUGUAUAGGUGGAAGUUGUUUAUUAGGUGAAAAGAAAGCACAAUUAAAAACUUGUACUCUUGCAGCAUGUUAAUGGUCAGACUAUGAAUUAUGAUAGUUUUUUAGUAUUUUAGGGAUAAAAUUGGCAAAAUAUGUUAAAUUUGAAUAAUGGUAAUUAUUCCAGGGUUGCAUGUUUUCUAUCUAUUAAAUGCUAUUCAGCCAGUAAAUUCAAGCUAUAAUUUUAUUUGAUUCAUUAAUGAAUAUUUGUCUGUAACAUUUUAUGUCAGAAAACAUUUUAUA